AUGAUGUUCUCCAUUUUGCCGAAAAUUUCUAUGCUAGUCUUUUUGCUAUUAGCAUGUCAGUAUGAUAACAGCUUGAGCACAUGUAGAGCAGAUUCAAAAAAGGAAAAAACAAUCCAACUGAAAACUAGUAAACAAUUAUUAGAACAAAUCGACAAGGAACUUGAAUCAAUAUUUAACUCAAAAUUGAACUUGAGCAUAAAUAAUGAGCCAACCCCAGAAGAUCAAAGUAAUGUUGAAACUGUGCAUAAAGAGUCCCUGUCAAAAGAUGUGGAGAAAGAAAUUUCAUUAGAAGGUGGACAAAAUUUAAGCUCUUCCGUUGACAAUGAAAUAUUAGAAAAAACUGAGAACAAAGAAAUAUUAAAAAGUCCGAAACAUGAAGAAGGAAUAAAAGAAAAUCAGGAUAUAUUUAAUCCUUUGAAGCAAAAAAUAGCAAACUUCCAAAUGAUUAAUGUAGCAGAUUAUACAAAGAAGUUUGGGGAAACUUUCGAAAAGAUUAAAUCAAUGAAAGAUAAGGCAUUGAGUGGGGGAAUGACCAGUGUGAUGGAAUAUCAAAAGAGGAUAGAUGAAGCACUUGAAAAAAUUAAUAUGAUGAAAGAAAAUUUUAUGAAACAGAAGGUAAAGGACGAAGAAGCACUUAAAUUGGUGGAUUAUAAAAAGAAGAUAGAUGAUGUAUUUGAAAAAAUUAAUAUGAUAAAGGAAAAUUUAAUGAAACCGAAGAUAAAGGACGAAGAAGUACCUAAAGUGGUGGAUGAUCAAAAGGCCUUAAAAGAAAAUAGUGGUUUUAUCAAAACAGAGCAGAACGCUGUUCUUCCCCCCUCCUUAGACAGUAUGAAACCCAUUAAGGCAAAGAAAAUAGUCAUACCUAACCCUAUCGGAAUGCUGGACUCUCAAAUAGAAAAAAUAUUAUUUAAUACGUACAGUUACGUGGAUGCAUGUGAAGACAAUCCAGAUAUUAGCGCAAAUCAACUUAGGCUGGUGAAACUUAAGAAAUAUGGUAUCAUAAUCUCCUUACCCUUUGUAUUCGCAUUAUGCGGAGCGGUAUUUUUUGCGGAAGAAAGUUUGCAUUUUUUGACCGUUAUAUUUUUCUCCUUAGGCAUAAUAAUAUCUUUGUACAACCUUGUAAAGGUAUUGAAAUAUGACAUUAAAGCCCACGGUAUACAUAAGCCUGUUUUCAUGGAUUACUUGAAAAGCUUUAAAAGAUGUAUAACAUGA